AUGUUCGUCAACGGAGGCGGAAAAGGCGAGAUCCCUCGUAAGGUCGACAUCGACCCGUACUUUGACAACACCAAGCUCGUCUUCGGAGAGGCAGGUACAAAAGUGCCAUACACUCCUCAAAACACGUGGAAGGAUCCCAAUGGUGAUCGCAAGGACUACCUUGACCGAACCAAGGGUCUCACGACCAUGCAAAAACACGUGGCGUUUUUCGAUGGCGAUUGCGAUGGUGUCAUCUGGCCUACCGAUACAUUCUUUGCGUUCCUCUCGCUUGGCUUUGGCUUCUUGCUUUCCGCAAUGGCUGUAGCCAUCAUCCAUGGCCCCUUUUCGUAUCCGACGCUGCCGCGCAAAGAUAACAAGCUGCUUGACUGGCUUCCGGAUCCAUUUAUGCGAAUCUAUGUCGCCAACAUCCACCGAUGCAAGCAUGGCUCAGACUCGGAGUCGUACGAUCGACGCGGUCAUUUCCGACAGAGCCAGUUUGAGACCAUCCUGGACGACUAUUCAACGCGUCACGGCAAGGAUGCGCUGUCGUUCUCGGAUGCGAUGGCCAUGAUCCGCGAGCGACGCGAUUUGAUGGAUCUGUUCGGAUGCUUUGCCUUUAUGUUUGAGUGGGGCAGCACGUACAUGCUCCUCUGGCCGGCCGAUGGCUACAUGCGCAAAGACGACAUUCUGGGCAUCUUUGACGGAUCUAUUUUUGUAGUUCUGGCUCAUCGCCACCGGAACGGCCAAGGGGGUGGAGCGUUCAAGCCAAAGAGGGCAUGA